GUGCACUUGGACGAGCUGGGAAGCGUCGUUCCUUUCAGAGAACUUUUCGCAAACGGCGGCUCGUUCACAAACGACCCGCGCUCCGUGGAAGAGAAGAGACGCGAGGAGUGCGCGGACCUGCUCAGUCACACAACUGUCAUUGAGCAAAUAAACACCGCCGCCUUCUGUGGAUUGUUCUCUUGGAGGGAAGCUGUUUGGAGACGGAAAAAGGGAGUUUGGGGACCACGGCUGGCAAGAAUAUCUCAGAGGGAGCCGACGUUGUUGUGUAUGCAUGGAGUCCGCCCGGAGAAAGCUGAGGUACAGGCCGUCCCUCCAAACCAGCAUCUCUUGCAAACACAAGGGUGUGCCCAAAACAGCGUAGGCCUUCCUUUCAAGGAGCCUGGAGCUCUGUGAGGAGCGAGAAGGAAGUGAGGAAGGGGAAAAAAAAACACGGAUCCUUUUUGAUGAAUUCUACCAAAACCUGAAUGUCAAAUAGAGGCUGUCGGUCCAGAGGAGACACGUGGACAAUGAGUAUGGCCUUUCUCCGCCUCCAAGUCUUGACUCUUCUACUUGUUAUAUCUCUCCAUUCGGCGGCUGCUGAGAAUGACGUCACUCCACGCCUCACCUUCUCUUACGAUGCGGAGGAGAGGACAUCCAGGCGUUUCUCAGCGGGCGGGGUCUUCAACUUCACAUCUCUCCUGCUCAGUAAAGAAGAUGACACGAUGUACGUCGGCGCUCGAGAGGUUCUGUUUGCACUCAACCUCUCGGACAUCAGUGCGGCAAAACUGCAAAGAAACCUCACGUGGAAAACUCCAGAGAGGAAGCGAGGCGAGUGCAGUUUUAAAGGAAAAGACCUGCAAACCGACUGCUUCAACUACAUCAAGAUCUUACUGAGCGUGAACAGCACUCAUCUUUACGUGUGCGGAACGUACGCCUUCAGCCCCAUCUGUGCUUACGUCAACACUGCCAACUUCUCCCUCGUCAGGACCGACACUGGCGAGAUUGUGACCGAAGACGGACGGAGCCGUUGCCCCUUCAACCCCGAGUACAAGUCCACCGCUAUCAUGGCUGAUGGAGAGCUGUACGCUGGCACAGUCAGCAAUUUCCAGGGGAACGAACCCAUCAUUUAUAAGAGUCUCAGCCAAGGAAUGGCUCUCAAAACAGAAAAUUCCCUUAACUGGCUUCAAGACCCGGCUUUUGUUGGCUCCGCCUACAUCCAGGAAAGCUUGCCCAAGGGCAACCCGGUGGGCGACGACGAUAAGAUUUACUUCUUCUUCAGCGAGGCGGGAAAGGAGUUUGAUUUCUUUGACAACACCAUCGUGUCGCGCGUAGCUCGCGUGUGCAAGGGAGACAUGGGAGGCGAAAGGGUCCUGCAGAAAAAGUGGACAACCUUUCUAAAAGCUCAACUUCUGUGCUCACUGCCUGAUGACGGAUUCCCGUUUAACAUCAUCCAAGACAUGUUUGUGCUGACACCCAGCCCAGGGGAGUGGAGGAAGAAUGUGUUCUACGGAGUCUUCACCUCUCAGUGGUACAACGGUGCGUCAGGAAGCUCCGCCGUGUGUUCCUUUACCAUGGAGCAGGUAGAAAAGGCCUUCAGCGGCCGAUACCGCGAGGUCAACAGAGAAACCCAGCAGUGGUACGCUUACAACCAUCCCGUCCCCGAACCUCGACCUGGAGCGUGCAUCACAAACGGGGCCCGGAGCCAGGGCGUCCCGUCAUCACUUCACAUGCCAGACAAGGUGUUGAAUUUUGUCAAAGAUCACUUCCUCAUGGACAGCGUGCUUCGCAGCCAGCCUCUGCUGCUCAAACGCCACGUUCGCUACACGCAGAUUGCAGUGCAUCAAGUGCGGGCAGAGCACAAGGCCUACCAUGUGCUUUUCAUCGGGACAGAUGACGGCAGACUCCACAAAGCCAUGAGUGUGAAGAACAAGAUGCACAUCAUCGAGGAGAUAGUGCUUUUCCGUGACUCCCGGCCCGUGCAGCACAUAGAGCUCGACGCCGAAGAGGGUCGGCUCUAUGUUUCCACUUUCUCUGAACUGGUGGAGGUCCCAGUAGCGAACUGCACUAAUUACCAGAGCUGCGGGGAGUGCAUCCUCUCCAGGGACCCUUACUGCGCCUGGAAUGGCAGGCAGUGCGUGGAUGUCAGACGGGCUCCACCAAGCAACGUGUUGCAGCAGGAUGUGGACAAUGCAGACGCAGCAGCUAUUUGCAACAGGACGGCGGCCAGCGCACGCUUUGCUAAAUCUGCACACGCACGAGCGUCGACAUGCCAGUUGAUCACUAUUCCCGCCAACACCUUCCAAGUCUUGCCUUGCGAGCUGCGUUCCAAUCUGGCGGAGAGGGCGUGGGCGUUCAGCGAGAGUUCGGGUCACUUUCAUUACCCGAGUCCGGAUGGGGGUCUGGUGGUGGUGGCCCAGGCUGACCGACGAGAGACCUACGAGUGCUGGUCCGUGGAGGAAGGCUUCCGACAGCUGCUGGCCAACUACUGCGUGAGGGGCGAGGCCAAGCGCGAGAGCAGCACCCAGACGGGCCGCACGGGGGCGCCGGCCGCGCCGCAAGAAGAGUUCGUCAUCCUGCCCGGCGAGGCUCGCUCCCCGCAGAUCAACGCCAAGACCUACUGGAACGAGCUCAUCGUGGUCUGCGCCCUCUUGGCCUUCUCCCUGCUGGUCUUCUCCCUGUUCGUGGUCUACCGGCACCGCGACCACAUGAAGUCCAUGCUAAAGGAGGGCGAGUGCCCCAACAUGCAGCAGAAGAAGCCCAGGACGGCGGCGAAGCCCGUGGAGAACUUGCCGCUCAACGGCAACGCGGCGGCCGCCACCGUGACGGACCACAAGGGCUACCAGACACUCCACGACAACUACAUCUGCGGCACGCCGUCGCACGAGUGCCCGUCGCCUGACAACAGCAAGAGCUUCUCCGAGGCGGAGAAGAGGCCUCAGGACUUGCAGGAUAGCCGAGUGGAGAUCUCGUCCAGCAGCCCACGGCCUCGGGUCAGACUGGGAUCGGAGAUAAAAGACUCGGUGGUGUAAAGACUGCUUGGGACUACUUUGAGUGAAUGAACACGAGCGAGCGAGCGAGCGCCCGCUGAAGUACUCAAUGGGAAAAAAGGAGUGGGGGGUCGGGGGGGACGUUUCAUCACAUGACGUUUGCACUUUGUCCUCACUCGUGCUGUUCCCGUGGUUCAUGGACAUUUCUUUCGAUGCUUUCAAAGCGCACUGAUCGCCUUCAGACAUUUUGGUGCUUUCACGAUACAACAGAAUGUAAGUCGUGCUUGCAAAGACUCCCGCCAAGGCCAAGUUUUUCACACAUGAUGCGGCCCAUGAGCCAUACUACUGUACUGCCCGUGAGAGCACUUGGUCAUUCAUACCUGCCAUGCGUUUCUACAAAGAAAUCAACCCCAUGUGUUCCGUAUUCAUCUGAUUCUAUUUUUAAAAAAUCCGUUUUGGGGAAAAAUGAGUCACUAGUGUAUUCCUAAAGUUCCCCUGUUCUGGUUUUAGGAGCUCUGUUAGACUUUUAUAGCGCUGCCCCUCAGUCCGUCCUUAUCACUUUGAAGAAAGGUAUUUAAACCAGCCAAUAGGAGCCUAGCAAUCACUGAGGCUAUGCACUGUCUACUGUACUGUAGCAAGGUCAACACAAAGCACAUAUUUAACCCAGGGGUGUCAAACACAUUUUAGAUCAGGGUCCACAUGGAGAAAAAUCCACUCUCAAGUGGUUCGGAUUGGUAAAAUCACUGCACGAUUACUUCCAAAUAGAACAAGCACAUUCUGAAAAUGUACAAAUUUUCCAUCCAUCCAUCCAUUUCCUACCGCUUGUCCCUAUUGGGGUUGCGGGGGGUGCUGGAGCCUAUCUCCAUUGCAUUCGGGCGGAAGGCGGUGUACACCCUGGACAAGUCCUCACCUCAUCACAGGGCCAACACGGACAAACAACAUUCACACACUAGGCAUAAUGAUGUUUUUUGUUUUUUUUACACUUACAUGUUGCGGUUAAUAGUAUUCUAUCUUUAUGUGUCGUUAUUUAUACUUUCUGAAUAAAUUAUGAGGUCAUGUUCAUCAGUCAACUCAUUGGUGUUGAUUUUCAAUCUAUCAAGAUAGAAAAAACAUAUCAAAAUCAAAUUACAGGAUGUUAUUUAUGUAUUUUGAUCAUUUUCCUCAACUGAUGUACCAACAUCAUGUGGUUUAUUUUGUACAUAUGUAGCAUCAUCUACAAAAAUACAAAUAAUUGCUAUUGCUACAUCCAGUGGACAGUUUAAGAACAGCUAUUUCUUUCAUUAAAAAAAUUCAGGUUAAUAUUUAUACCUAGCAAACUCAUCCCGCGGGCCGGAUAAAACCUAUUUGCGGGCCUGAUCCGGGCCUCGGGCCUUACGUUUGACACCCCUGAUUUAACCAUAUUGCAACAGGAAGCACAUCAGUAAAAAGUACAGUAGGACCUCAAUUUACAGUCUUCUUUCUUUCUUUUCUUCCUUUUUUUCCAUUUACUUCAGGCAAUUACACCGUAAAGUACAAGAUCGAUGACACGUAAUCAUAUUACGUCAUUUAAUGCAAACACAAAUAUACAGUAUGUAAUCAUGACAAUCCAGCUCUGCCUGGCAGGAAGUGGGAAGAAGACAACCUUUUUAAUCCAACCCAGUUCCCCAUUCGGUGAUGAACACAUUUAGAAUCAAUGUUACAUUGUUCAAGGAUUUUUAUACAAAUGCUAUAUCAUGGUGGCGUUACCACACGUAGAAAAAAAAAAAUCAGUACAUUGUAACAAAAAUUUAGACCAACAGUGUGAGAAGAAUAAACAGGAAACAUUGAGCACAGGCAACAAUACGAGACAGAGUACAUCUAUUCAAUAUGACGGUUGCAGUGCAAAUACUACAAUUCCCCAACAAAUAAGGUAUACAAUACAUGAAAAAAAAAGAGGGACACUGAAAAGGACGUAAUCACGGAUCUGAUUCAACCAGCUGCCACUUCAGCAGAGCCAUGUAUACACACAGCUACAAAAGUAAAACACACACACAAAAAAGCAAAACAUUCUGUAACACAUUGUGCAUAUACGAUAGCACCAGUGACGUGCAGUCAACUUAACACCAGGUGAGGCAUACAUACUUUUUUUUGUUCUUUUUUUUUUACUUAAAUUCAUAUGUGCAAAUCUCGUCAUUGUUGAUUUAGGUUGCACAUUAGAGUUACAGGGGAAAAAAGGGAGUUAUUCGCUUUCAUAAAAACGUUAUCAUGAUGAUAUGAUAUGAUAAAUGAGUCCAAAAAAACUAUUUGAUAAAGUUCUUUUUAAAAAAAUUUUUGGUCCCAUUUGCUUUUAACAAAAAUAAAUCAAGUACUGUGAGUGUAUAUUACCUUUCUGUAUUUGUAUCUGAAGCAGCAAUAGCUAUCCUCCAUGAAAACGUAUUUUGUAUGAUCGCAUUCAUUUUGUCUUAAAGUCCAGUUUAGAGAAGUAUUUGAUCUUGGAUACAGUAUAUAAUCCUCCAUGUUGGCAGACACAUUCAUUUAAUUCAAUUUAAUUCCAAGAAAUUAAACAAUAUUUUUGCAUCUGACAAAAAACACCCACAAAUGCUGGCUUACUCUAAUAAAAAUUCCAUAUCUGUUAUAAAUACCGUUAAAAAAAAAAAGAAAAGAAAAAUAUGCUGCCUUCUGCUGGAGAGAGCUGUGUCUGCUAGCUUGAGCGCCCCCACUUCUCCCAAUGUGGCAAGUCAGAGUACUGCUGAGGCAUUGAACUGCAAGUUGACAAUAUAUCGCCCCCUACCUUGAGGCAGAGGUACUUGCUGCCUCAAGACCUGCCUUUUCCACGUGGCAACAAGAAUGCGCCCCCUCGCACGCACCCCCAAUACACACUGUGUGUAGCCGGGGAGGCACCGCCCCAAUACACACUGUGUGUAGCCGGGGAGGCACCGCCUGUGUCUGCCUCACUUCUCAUCUGCUGCAUCAGGAAACAUGGAAUUUCCACGAUUUUGACCAUGAAAAUUAUCAAAAUAUACAGGAACCACACAGAAAUCGCAUAUAAAGCAUAAACAAAAAGAGAAAUAUUAAAACGUAUUAUAUUUUAUUACUUCGUUUUGGAACAUCUCAUGUUUAAGCCACCUGGUGGUAGGUGAGGCGCUGCCUCACUUGCCUCCCCUGACAGCACGUCACUGGAUAGCACCAUGCAUAGACGAACAAAAAAACAAAACAAAAACACCAUUUCAACACCCACACGCCAUCGCCUGCUGGGACAGGAACACACUCAACAAAGCAACCAAGAGAGUCAGCUCCGUCCUAGGCUACCCACUAGACUGCGCUCUUAACUCCAACAUUUGUAUCUUAAAUCAAUGUCCUGCAUUUAAAAUUCAUUAAUAUCAUUCAUUUAAUUUGUGCUCGGCCCCUACAAAGCAGCACAUUUUUUACAUGUAACAUGCCUUUUAAAAGAAAAAACAAACAUGUUGAGAAUAAAUAUUGUAUAAAAACAAUACAUCAGAAUGUACUGCUAACGACUACAGUAGUUUUUUCGAAGUAAUGUAAUAACAAUGUACAGCAUUUACACCUCGGAGAGUGAACUUCUAUGGUAUCUCCCUCCAGCUGCUUCUUCAUCAAACAUACCAUCAGCAGCUUCUUCAUAUUCUCAUGGAUAAAUGCCUGCCGUUGUAACCCACAUUAGCCGGGAGACAGCGAUUCUCUCAAAACACUCUCAAGUUGAGGUAGUACCCUGUAUUUAAAAAAGCGGGAUUAACAUAAAGACACCAAUCAUCAUCAGUGUAUGAAGCCUGACUUAUAACAGUUUAUUUUCAUCGACCAAAUAUGCGAUUUAAGGGGAACAUAAACCUGUUUCAGGUAAUAACACAGGCAGUCUAUGCAAACGCACACCGUGGGAAGGUAAGAGAUGAACCCGACAACAAGUAAGCACAAACACUAGAGCUAUCACUUUAAGAUCAAACAUGGCACUGCAAACCAAAACGUCAAUUAUUGUAUCACUUAACGUUUCCAUCGCAGCAGUUCUUGGCUUAGAUAUUAAAAAAUGACGUGGCCAAAUGUGUGUUCACAAAGGGAAAUAAUUCAUGUGUGUUUUUUGUUUUUAUCCAUCAUCUGGUGUGAAUGUUUUUAUGAGUGGAAACAUCAUUUUAAAUUGUAUUGUCUUCAACCCAUUAAAGCAAUAACUUCAUUUCUUAUACACAUAAAGUUCAUGCAUUUGAUUAAUCACCGUAUUACAGUAUACGGACUAUAAGCCGCACCCACUAAAUUUUAGAAGAAAAACAGAUCUUUGCAUGUAUUAACUUCAUCGGACUAUUAGCUGGAGCUAUAUACAGUAUGUUGUGAAAUGAGAUGAUUGCAUAGAAAGGUUUUGUAAAUAUUACCUUAAUUGUUACCUUAAUUAAUACCUUAAUUGUUUGCUGUAACACGGCAGUAAAACGAUCAAAAGUCAUUGAUGUCUUUAUUCAUCUUGUAUGAGAUAAAUACGAAUUUCUCCUUUUGUAUUGAGGCUCAAAAUGUUUAUCAGGAUUCUUGUUCCUUUUACUUUGCAAACACUUUGAGUUUGAACAGUUUUGUAAAGUGGAUUGUUUUAGUACUUUGUUCAAUUUAUUUUAAAUUCCAUUCCAUAAUUCAUCCUUUAGCGAAGAGAAAUUCAUAAUUUAGUCGCACCUCAUGGGUCCAAUAAAGCUUAGAGCAAAAGUAGCGGUUUAUAGUCCGAAAAAUACAACAUCUUUCUUCAAAUCAACUAAGCAGCAUUUUUUUCAUAUUGCCAUUUUUUUUUUUUAUUCAAAAAGAACACAAAGAUUUCUGCACAAGAAAUUACGAAACCUUUGGUGUUUUUUUGCGAGGCACAAAUCUGCAUUAUGCCUUGUUAGAAUAUAAUCAAGAUGUGCCUCUUGGUACCACAAAACUAACCAGGUAACUCAGAAAGAAGAAGUAAAUGUGGUUUAAUAUUGUCACCAUCGUCUUUUCUUUGUUUCGUGGCUUCAAGCUCCAUUAGGGACUCAAAUCUUUGUUGAAACCACUGCGUGGGUUUAUUUAUGUCAGACACAAAUACGCAAAGUAUUCACUUCUCUGCACUGCGCUGUGUGGCUCUAAUCAAUCGCACAGACUAUGUCCUGCUUUGACUGUUAUCUUCGAGAAAAAGGCAGCUGUGGUGGCUUUCAUGGCGUCGGAAAGGCUACUUCCAUAAGAAUAAACCCCGAAAGAGGCAGAGCUACUAUUGUGAAACAAGCUGGUCCAACAAGUUAUAAUUGCUCUGUAAAGAAAUUGAACCACUAUUGUCAGUUCUUUAAAAUGUGACACGUAUUGUGACUAUUAAAAAAAAGGUCUUUAUGUACAAUUGUUUUGUAAAUUCAGCUGCCUGUGUACAAAAGAAAAUGUAUUUUUUUGUAUCAUACAUCAUUUUUUUUCUCAUUUUUUUGUAUUGCAUAUAGAAAAAGGCACUUUAUUGUAUUUUUUUUCCCCCAAAUAAAAAUCGAAUACAUUUUACUAAAA